AAUCCGCAGUCACACUCUAAUGGAUUCUGCUUGUCAUUUUGGCCCCACAAUUUUUGCCGCAAACGCAACAAACGCAUUUUUGUUGCCAAAUAUUUGUCCAGAGUUCCCAAUUGUGCGGAAAAUUCCGAGCUCAGUUAAGAGCCAAGCACGCUGUGCGUAAAGCAAACUACAAUUUAACGUAAAACACAACAGAAACAGAAAUGCCGUCGUUGGAGGUUAGCGUAAACAAAGUGAUAGUGCAUCCGCUGGUGCUGCUGUCCGUCGUCGAUCACUUCAAUCGCAUGGGAAAGAUUGGCAACCAGAAGCGCGUCGUUGGUGUCCUGCUCGGCUGCUGGCGCUCCAAGGGUGUGCUCGAUGUGUCCAAUAGUUUCGCAGUGCCCUUUGAUGAGGACGAUAAGGACAAAUCGGUGUGGUUCUUGGACCACGACUACCUCGAGAACAUGUACAGCAUGUUCAAGAAGGUGAAUGCCCGGGAGCGCGUGGUGGGCUGGUAUCACACGGGCCCGAAACUGCAUCAGAACGAUAUUGCCAUCAAUGAGCUGAUUCGCCGCUACUGCCCCAACUCGGUGCUGGUCAUCAUCGAUGCCAAGCCCAAGGACUUGGGACUGCCCACAGAGGCGUACAUAUCCGUGGAGGAGGUGCACGACGAUGGCUCGCCCACCAGCAAGACCUUCGAGCAUGUGCCCAGUGAAAUCGGCGCCGAGGAGGCUGAGGAGGUGGGCGUGGAGCAUCUGCUGCGCGACAUCAAGGACACCACCGUGGGCAGCCUGUCGCAGAAGAUCACCAACCAGCUGAUGGGGCUGAAGGGCCUCAAUGCCCAGCUGCGCGACAUCAAGCAGUAUCUGCAGCGUGUGGGCGAUGGCAAAAUGCCGAUCAACCAUCAGAUCGUGUACCAGCUGCAGGACAUCUUCAACCUGCUGCCGGACAUCACCAACGACCAGUUCACGGGCACCAUGUACGUGAAGACCAACGACCAGAUGCUGGUCGUCUAUCUGGCCUCCAUGGUGCGCUCGAUCAUUGCCUUGCACAACCUGAUCAACAACAAGCUGGCGAAUCGUGAUGCCGAGGAGGGCAAGAAGGCGAUUGAGUCGGCUGACAGCAAGGAUGCCAAGGACAAGAACAAGGAGAGCAAGGACAAGGAUAACAAGGACACGAAAGAUAAGGAUGGCAAGAAGACGGAAGAGAAGUCGGACAAGAGCAAGGACGAGGGCAGCAAGAGUUCCAAGAAAUAGGAGCGAAAGAAGAAGCACAAGCCACGUCGCAAGCGAAAGAACAAGGGCUGCAGGCGACACUAUCAUCUAUGAACAUCCGAAAUCCGAAUCAUCCGAAACUCACCCGCUAAACUGGAAUAACAAUCACCAAGCAAUCAAUUAAUCAGCGUGUGUCUGUCCAUUUUCGAUCAUCAAUCGUUCAUGUAGAAUCCCCCGCCUACCUGCUUUAUUUCGCCAGCUAUGCGUAUGAGUUAACGAACGAACGGCAAGUCUAUGUAAUUACAAAUUAAAUAAUUUAAAAAUAAAAUUCGUUGUUUGAUUCAGCCCCAGA